AUGGGCGUUGUCGUCCUCCGCCUCCUCUCUGUCACCGGUGUACACCUCCUCCUCGGAGUCGUCACCGCUCCCCUCCUCCGAAUCCGGUGUACACCUCCUCUCCUCCCCGGCAUCGGCAUCCCCCUCCGCUUCCUCCCCGGCAUCGGCAUCCCCCUCCUCUUCCUCCCCGGCAUCGGCAUCCCCCUCCGCUUCCUCCCCGGCAUCGGCAUCCCCCUCCUCUUCCUCCCCGGCAUCGGCAUCCCCCUCCUCUUCCUCCCCGGCAUCGGCAUCCCCCUCCGCUUCCUCCCCGGCAUCGGCAUCCCCCUCCGCUUCCUCCCCGGCAUCGGCAUCCCCCUCCGCUUCCUCCCCGGCAUCGGCAUCCCCCUCCGCUUCCUCCCCGGCAUCGGCAUCCCCCUCCUCUUCCUCCCCGGCAUCGGCAUCCCCCUCCGCUUCCUCCCCGGCAUCGGCAUCCCCCUCCGCUUCCUCCCCGGCAUCGGCAUCCCCCUCCGCUUCCUCCCCGGCAUCGGCAUCCCCCUCCGCUUCCUCCCCGGCAUCGGCAUCCCCCUCCGCUUCCUCCCCGGCAUCGGCAUCCCCCUCCGCUUCCUCCCCGGCAUCGGCAUCCCCCUCCUCACCCUCCCCGGCAUCGGCAUCCCCCUCCUCACCCUCCCCGGCAUCGGCAUCCCCCUCCGCUUCCUCCCCGGCAUCGGCAUCCCCCUCCUCACCCUCCCCGGCAUCGGCAUCCCCCUCCUCACCCUCCCCGGCAUCGGCAUCCCCCUCCGCUUCCUCCCCGGCAUCGGCAUCCCCCUCCUCACCCUCCCCGGCAUCGGCAUCCCCCUCCUCACCCUCCCCGGCAUCGGCAUCCCCCUCCUCACCCUCCCCGGCAUCGGCAUCCCCCUCCUCACCCUCCCCGGCAUCGGCAUCCCCCUCCUCACCCUCCCCGGCAUCGGCAUCCCCCUCCUCACCCUCCCCGGCAUCGGCAUCCCCCUCCGCUUCCUCCCCGGCAUCGGCAUCCCCCUCCUCACCCUCCCCGGCAUCGGCAUCCCCCUCCGCUUCCUCCCCGGCAUCGGCAUCCCCCUCCGCUUCCUCCCCGGCAUCGGCAUCCCCCUCCGCUUCCUCCCCGGCAUCGGCAUCCCCCUCCGCUUCCUCCCCGGCAUCGGCAUCCCCCUCCUCACCCUCCCCGGCAUCGGCAUCCCCCUCCGCUUCCUCCCCGGCAUCGGCAUCCCCCUCCGCUUCCUCCCCGGCAUCGGCAUCCCCCUCCGCUUCCUCCCCGGCAUCGGCAUCCCCCUCCUCUUCCUCCCCGGCAUCGGCAUCCCCCUCCGCUUCCUCCCCGGCAUCGGCAUCCCCCUCCGCUUCCUCCCCGGCAUCGGCAUCCCCCUCCGCUUCCUCCCCGGCAUCGGCAUCCCCCUCCGCUUCCUCCCCGGCAUCGGCAUCCCCCUCCGCUUCCUCCCCGGCAUCGGCAUCCCCCUCCGCUUCCUCCCCGGCAUCGGCAUCCCCCUCCGCUUCCUCCCCGGCAUCGGCAUCCCCCUCCGCUUCCUCCCCGGCAUCGGCAUCCCCCUCCGCUUCCUCCCCGGCAUCGGCAUCCCCCUCCGCUUCCUCCCCGGCAUCGGCAUCCCCCUCCGCUUCCUCCCCGGCAUCGGCAUCCCCCUCCGCUUCCUCCCCGGCAUCGGCAUCCCCCUCCGCUUCCUCCGCCGCCACCAUCUCCUCAUCCGCCUCAUCCUUGUCACCAUCCGCGCGAGCACCACCGUCAUCAUCGCCAUCGUCCCCAACUGCACCACCGUGCCGUUCGCGAUCCUCUCCGUCAACCCCGUCCUCCACAUUAUCGUCACGAUGAGUGUCGCGAUUUACCCCAGAACUCCCUUCGCCAUGACGUUUGUCUACAUUCUUGCCUCCUCCAACCGCCUCUAA